GAGUAAGUUUUUCCUAUUUUCAUGUGGAGUACCUGAAGGCAUCGCAGAAUUCCUCCGUUCACCUUAUGCAGCUCAAUGUUACCGUCUGUAUUAUUGCUCUGCUGUUUUCAUGGAUAAAGAAUCCAUAUUACAACAAGACCUUGUUGUGGUUCCUUCCUUAACAUAAGUUACCACAUAUUUUUGGCGACGAGGUAAACCGGUGUCGUGCGUCCCGGCACCCCGUUUUGUUGUGUUUUUAGCAGAAGCUAGGCUAAAGAGUGCUAGUUAGCUAGGCGGCUACAUGAGUGACGAGGACGGUGAGGAGCCUCGCGUUCAGAUGGCUACUUUUGGGACAGUCGGUGAAUUCGUGGAGGGGGACGAAGACUGGACUGAGUAUGAGGAGAGGUUGGGACACUUUUUCUCUGCAAAUGGAAUUACAGAAGAGGCUAAGAGGCGCUCUAUUCUUCUGAGUGCGUGUGGAGCAAAGACUUAUAAGCUGAUAAGGAACUUGGCGACACCGCGGAAACCAGGGGACAUUCCAUACGAUGAACUGGUCCAGCUCGUGGGAAACCACCACAACCCAAGGCCUUCUGAGAUAUUACAAAGGUUUAAAUUCCACAGCCACUUCAGGAAGCCAGGUCAGUCUGUUGCAAAUUUUGUAGCAGAGCUGCGGCAGCUGUCUGAACAUUGUCAUUUCGGAGCAGUGUUGGAUGACAUGCUCCGUGAUAGACUGGUGUGCGGCAUAAGUAAUGACGCCAUUCAACGCCGCCUGCUGGGGGAAACCCCACCUUUGACUUUUAAGAAAGCCCUAGAAAUUUCCCAGGGCAUGGAAAUGGCUGCUAAUGACACUAAGGAUAUCCAAAAAGGACAUGUUGGAUCACAGUCAGCAGCAGUGCAUCACAUCAGGAAAGAGCCUGGUAAAUAUGCCAAACGGGUGGAAUGUUUUCGGUGUGGAGGUGCACACUAUGCAAAUGACUGUAAAUUUAAAGAGGCUGUCUGUCAUGCAUGUAAUAAGAAAGGACAUUUAGCUAAAAAGUGCAGAAGCUCAAAGGGAAAGUCAAGGCCGGGGCAAGGAAAAGCUCCACAGGCUCAGGCAGCCACGCAUCACCUGGAGGGAGACAUUGAGGACGCAGUGUGCUCCUACAACAUGUUCGGAGUGGAAACAGAUGAGGAACCGCCUGAACCAUAUUAUGCUACGAUCACUGUGGAGGGGCAGGACAUUAAGUUUGAGAUUGAUUCAGGGGCGACUGCAUCUGUCAUCAGUGAAGAGACCUACAGAAAGACAUGGGGAUCUAACUUACCUCCUAUCAGCAAGUCAAAGAUCAGACUCAGGACGUACACAGGACAGCCAAUACCUCAUUUGGGUGUGCUAUAUGUGGACAUUGCAGCUGAGGGUCAGAAAGCUAGAGCCAGGCUGGUGAUAGCUGAAGGCAGGGGGCCCAGUCUUUUAGGUCGUGAUAUUCUGCGCAAAAUUAGACUGAAUUGGCAUGACAUUAAAUAUGCAAACACAACAGAGGACAUUCUAAGACGGUAUAGUGACGUUUUCAGAGACGAGCUGGGCACACUAAAGGGCGUGACAGUGAACCUUCAUGUCGACCCAGAGGCCCCGCCACGUUUCUUUAAGCCCAGGGCAGUGCCCUAUGCCAUGAAAGACAAAGUGGAGCAGGAGCUGGACCGUCUGCAGAGGCAAGGCAUCAUCGAGCCUGUUCAGUUUUCCAGAUGGGCUGCCCCUAUUGUCCCAGUGUUAAAGGAGGACAAAACUGCGCGAAUAUGUGGCGACUACAAACUCACAGUCAAUCAAGUCGCUAAACUGGAGGAAUACCCAUUGCCACGGGUGGACGACCUGUUUGCAACCCUGUCCGGAGGUAAGCUGUUCACAAAGCUUGACAUGAGCCAUGCUUACCAACAGUUGCUGCUCGACGAAGAUUCGAAAGAGUAUGUCACUAUCAACACCCACAAGGGGUUAUUCAAAUACAACCGCCUGGUGUUUGGAGUGGCGUCAAGCCCCGCCAUUUUCCAAAGGACAAUGGACAGUUUGUUGCAGGGGAUCCCGCACGUAGCAGUGUACUUAGAUGACAUUUUGAUCACUGGGGCCACAGAGCAGGGGCAUCUGGCUAACUUGGAGCAGGUGCUGAAGAAGCUCUCAGACGCAGGACUGCGUUUGAAACGCAGUAAAUGUGUGUUCCUGGUGCCCAGUGUGACCUACUUGGGGCAUAAGAUCACUGCUGAGGGGCUCUGUCCUCUGGAGGAUAAAGUAAGAGCUAUCAAGGAAGCCCCAAGUCCUAAGAGUGUCACUGAACUGAGAUCUUUCUUGGGCAUGGUCAACUAUUAUGGAAAAUUUCUGCCUGACCUCUCUCAGGUUUUGUCUCCACUGUACAAGUUGCUACACUCUGAUGUUAAGUGGCAGUGGAGCAAAGAGCAGGAGAACGCUUUCAGUGAAGUCAAAGAGCUCCUUCAUUCUGCAAAGGUGCUGGUCCACUAUGACCCUGAUAAGGAGAUCACCCUUUCAUGUGACGCUUCGCCUUAUGGAGUCGGAGCGGUGCUUUCACAUGUUGUGGAGGAUGGCUCAGAGAAGCCGAUUGCUUUCGCUUCACGUACCCUGACAGCAGCUGAGAAGGGAUAUUCUCAGAUCGACAAGGAAGGUCUGGCCAUUGUGUUUGCAGUGAAGCGUUUUCAUCAGUACCUGUAUGGACGCUCAUUUACAAUUUAUACAGAUCAUAAACCACUGAUGAGCCUGUUCAGCGAGACCAGUUGCAUCCCUUCAAUGGCCUCAGCACGGAUCCAGCGCUGGGCUCUGACAUUGUCAGCCUACCAGUAUACUAUAAUAUACAAGCCUGGUAAGGAUAACGCAAAUGCUGACGCACUGAGUCGUCUUCCAUUGCCGGAGACACCUGUGUCAACUUAUGUUCCUCCAGAGACUGUGUUUUCUUUGGAGAUGUUGUCAGAGACACCUGUGAAAGCAGCUCAGAUUAAACAGUGGACGGAGAGGGACCCAGUUCUGUCGCAGGUCAAGAUUUUCCUGCUACAAGGAUGGCCCAGGGUCGUGGACAAUGAGGACCUGAGACCAUAUGCCACCCGCAAGUCAGAACUAAGUCUGCAGGACGGCUGCGUUUUCUGGGGGUCAAGAGUCAUCGUACCUCCUCCGGGUCGCUCACAGAUCGUCGAGGAACUGCAUGAGAGUCAUCCAGGUGUGUCUCGCAUGAAAAGUCUGGCACGAUCCUAUAUCUGGUGGCCAAGAAUGGACCAGGAUUUGGAGAACAGGGUAAAAUCGUGCACACAAUGCCAGACCAAUCAGAAAAUGUCACCACCAGCCCCCUUGCACCCAUGGGAGUGGCCAGACCGCCCCUGGUCAAGGUUGCAUUUGGACUUUGCAGGUCCUUUUUUGGGCCAGAUGUUUCUUGUCUUGGUGGAUGCACACUCUAAAUGGAUAGAUGCCCACAUCAUGAGCAACAUCACAGCCCCAAUGACUAUAGACAAACUCAGACAAGUGUUUUCCAUCCAUGGUUUGCCUGAUUCGCUGGUCACUGAUAAUGGCCCGACUUUCACAAGUGAGCUGUUCAGUGAGUUUAUGCAACAGAAUGGAAUUCAGCACAUCCGGACAGCUCCAUUUCACCCCGCCUCAAAUGGUUUGGCAGAGCGGGCUGUUCAAACAGUGAAAGAUGGCCUGAAGCGGAUGACAGGGGACUCCCUCAGUGUAAGACUGUCACGUUUCCUGUUUAAAUACCGCCUCACGCCACACACUACAACUGCUUGCUCUCCAGCAGAAAUGCUGAUGGGUCGUAGGCCAAAGUCACGGCUGGAUCUCCUGCGCCCAGACAUAGAGGCAAAGCAAGCAAAGCAGAAGGAGGGACAUGAUCAUCAUGCCAGGGAGAGACAGCUCAUGCCAGAGGACCGGGUCUAUGUGAAAAACUUCAGCAGUAACAGCACCCAGCAAUGGUUGCCUGGAGUUAUCCUUAAGAAGAGUGGUCCUGUCUCUUACGUAGUUAAGCUGACGGAUGGACGAGUGUUUCGCAGACAUCAGGAUCAUGUGCGCCUGUGUCAUGAUACAGGCUCAGAGACAGACAUGGAUUUUCCGGUGGUGGGACAGCCCACUGCGGGAGAGAGUCCACCAGUAGCUGUGUCGGAGAUGGGUAGUCGGGUUGAGUUGUCUGUGCCCACAGGAGAAGCUGGACUGCCACACACAGACACUCAAACCCCUUUGUGUCCCACUUUGCCAGGUCCAUUUAAGCCUGCCUCACCAGUGAAGCCUGCAGGGUCGCCAUGUGUUAUGCGCCGAUCGCAGCGCACACGCAAACCUCCUGAAAGACUGAAUGUUUGA